ACUCUAUUGGCACUUGGUUCAACCUCCUUCGCCCGAAGAGAAGGUUUAGCGAGCGGAGCCCCAGUGAUCGUUGUAUCAGGGCAAAUAUACCAUCGAUUAUCAGAUGUUGAUACGCUCAAUCCAUCGUUUGGAUCUUUAUAUUUUAUAGAUUCUGGAGAAGCUACCAGAAAGAGGACGUCCAAUAAUGUGCACGACGGUUGUGAUUCUAAAUUAUUGCAACAAAUUGAUGCGCUUUUGAGAAAAAUUCAUCCUUUCGCACAAAUAUAUCAUAAUUUAGGUAAAAAGGUUUUGGAAGGGCGAGGAAUCGGCGGAAAAGACGUGAUUCCUCAAUACGGACUCUAUUUUCAUGGCCAACCGGAUACGGAUCGGAAGAAACAUGCGGCUCCGACAACCUCUAACGAAAUAGGUGGUGUUUUCAGUAGUGUCGACGGGGAUGUACCUCCACCAGGUUCAAUUCGCGUUUAUUUGAUAGGAAACAACUCGCUAGGCCAACAGAAUACUUAUCGAGAUAUUCCAAAAUUGUCGCCAAUCGUAGAUGCAUUAUGUUACCCUUUGCUUUUCCCCCAUGGAGAAUUGGGAUGGUCGAUAAGUUUAAUGAGUAACCGGAGCGGAAAACGUAUUUCAAAACGAGAAUUCGAGUGCUAUCGUUUGAUGAGUCGAUCCGGCAAAUUCAAUCCAAUUCUUUUUUGCGGACGACUUACACAACAAUUCAUUGUUGAUAAAUAUGUGGAAGUAGAGGGUGAUCGGUUACAUUAUUUACGUACCCAUCAAAAAAAAUUACGUGCCAACAAUUACGUCGGGCUGCAAGAUUAUGUUGCGCGUAAAUCAGCAGUCGAAUCGGUCGGAAAUGAAAAAAUCGGCAGAAUCGUUGUACUGCCGAGUACUUUCAUGGGAGGUGCACGUUUCAUGCAGCAAAAUUACCAAGACGCGAUGGCGAUUGUGGCAAAAUUUGGUAGACCCUCACUAUUUGUAACAUUUACAUGCAACCCAAAUUGGCGGGAGAUUACGGAAAAUAUUAAUAGUAGUUUAUUGAAUCCCCAAGACAGACCAGAAUAUAUCGCCCGUGUUUUCGAAUUGAAAAGAAAGGCAUUUUUCGAGGAUAUUUUGAAAAAGAAAAUUUUCGGCGAAGUAAUUGCGUUUGUCUACGUAAUUGAAUUUCAAAAGCGGGGUUUACCACAUAUGCAUUGCUUGAUAUUUUUAGAUGAUAAGGAUAAAUUACGCAAUCCAGAAGACGUAGAUAAAAUCAUAUGUGCCGAGCUGCCAGCGGAAAAUUCGCAGCUUUUCCAAAUUAUUAUGUCAACCAUGAUCCACGGUCCGUGUGGUGAUCGUGCUCCAAACGCAGCUUGUAUGGUAGAGGGUGUUUGUUCGAAAAAAUAUCCAAAAUCAUUUUCGACGAAUACAGCGAUCGACAAAGCUAUACCGAUAUACCGACGGAGAAAUGACGGUCGAACAGCAGCGUUUACGAGAAAUCGUAUUAUGUGUACCGUUGACAACAGGGAUGUAGUUCCGUACAGUCCAUAUCUAUCUCAGAAAUAUGAAAGUCACAUAAAUGUAGAGGUGGUUACGACGGUUGGAGCUGUCAAGUAUGUAUUCAAAUACAUAAAUAAAGGGCCAGACGCUGCCAUUCUCCAAUUGAAAAACGAAAUUGUUUACGACGAGAUAAAAGCGUUUAUAGAAUCAAGGUAUAUUUCCUCUGGCGAAUCAGCAUGGCGUUUGCUAGGUUUUCCGAUUCAAGGAAGAAGUCACGCAAUAUAUAGAUUGCCGGUACAUCUCCCAGGAGAGCGAGUCGUUUAUUUCGAAGAAGGACAAGAGGAGGUGGCUUUGCAAUAUCCAAAAUUGAGCCGUUUAGAAGCAUAUUUUCGAUUGAACGUUGAAAAUGCUAGCGCACGUAAAUUCAAAUAUCUCGAAAUUCCGUUAUAUUAUUCCUUCAACGAUCAAGAACAUCGAUGGAUAAAACGACGAAAAAAUUGCGCUGUUAUACCUCGGUUAUACACAAUCAGUCCAAAAUAUAAGGAAAAAUUUCAUUUACGCAUUUUACUAUUGCACGUCGCUGGACCAACUUCCUUUGAAGAUCUACGCACGUUUCACGGCGUAAUGUACCCAACUUUCACAGAAACGGUACGAGCUAGAAAUUUAAUCGCCUCUGAUCACGAAUGGUUCAAAACAUUAGAACAUGCGGCUUUGGUUGAUAUGCCAGGUUCUAUGAGAAAAUUAUUCGCUUAUAUGUUAUGUUUUUGCGAGAUUGGAAAUCCAAUAGACCUCUGGGAAAAUUUCAAAAAAUGUAUGUUCGAAGAUUUUAUCAAAAAAGGAUAUACAGAACGUGAUUCAGAAAAUCGAUGUUUGCGCAGAAUCAGUUACGUUUUAAAUGCUUUGGGCAGAAAUUUGUCCGAUUUUAAUUUGCCAGAACCGGAGACUGACUCAGAAAAUGACAUUCACGAUAUCGACGAAGAAAAUAAUCAAAUUGAAAGAACUAAUGUGGAAGAAUUCAAUCCAAAUAACUUGAAUACAGAUCAACGCAAUGUAUUCGAUCGAGUCAUCAACGCAUUACAGUCGGAUGUAAAUGACAGAUAUUUUUAUGUCCAAGGAAGCGGCGGAACGGGAAAAACUUUCAUUUAUAAUGCUUUAUUAGAGUAUUGCGAAAUAUUGCGUAUUCCGGCCAUAGCCGUUGCAUUCACAGGAAUCGCCGCAUUACUUCUUAAGAAUGGAAGGACCGUUCAUUCCACAUUCCGAUUACCCUUGGACUUUAACGCAGACACCCGUUCGUCAAUAACCGUACAAUCCGAAGAGGCUGGAUACUUAAGAAAUCUUCAACUCAUUAUUUGGGAUGAGAUAUCGAUGGUGAACUACCACGUCAUAAACAUAGUAGACGAACUUCUUCGAGAUAUAUGCUCUAAUUCAGAACCUUUCGGUGGUAAGUGCAUAUUAUUCGGUGGGGACGUAAAACAGUUAUUACCUAUAGCUCCAGGUCGCGUUCAACAGGUUGAAUUAUUUUUCACAAACUCUAGAGUUUGGAAUAGAUUUCAUGUAUUAAACUUGGUUCAAAAUAUGAGAGUAAGGGAAGGCGAGGAAGACUUCACUUCUUGGCUUGAAGAUCUCGGACGCGGUAUCAUCAACGAAAAAAUAACCAAAGAUGGACAAGAUUGCAAUGAUUUAAUCUGUCUUCCUAAUCGAUGCUUAACGGAUAAUGUCGUUGAUGAGAUUUAUGGAGAGCUUAAUACCCUUACACCAGAACAGCUCUCUACGCGCGCCAUCCUAUGUCCCAAGAAUGAUCAUUGUAAUCAACUCAAUGACAGAAUUCUCGAUAGAUUUUCCGGAACUCUUACUAUAAUUCAUAGCAAUGAUAGUGUGGUUUCGAAUGACGAAGACGAGAUUGCGAACUUCCCUGAAGAAUAUUUAAACACUAUAACACCCAGUGGAAUGCCAUUGCACGAACUUAGGUUGAAAUCAGGCGUACCAAUUAUACUUUUGCGGAAUCUAUGUUUGCAAGAUGGGUUGAUUAAUGGAACGCGAUUAUUAGUAUCAGCCGUUACAGACGUUCUUUUAACAGCGGAAAUUGUAACUGGUCGUUUUGUAGGAAAAAAAGUCCUAAUUCCACGAAUGGACCUCACUUCGGCCGAUAGAAAUCUACCUUUUGUACUCAGACGACGACAAUUUCCAGUAAAAGUUUGUUUCGCACUUACUAUCAAUAAAGCGCAAGGCCAGACAUUUGAUCAGGUCGGAAUUUAUUUGGAUAGUCCAGUUUUUUCUCACGGGCAACUUUAUGUUGCGUUCUCGAGGGCUCGAUCAUGGAAUGGCGUAAAAGUGGAAAUACAUCACUCGCGAAAUCAAGGUAAACUGAAAAAGUCAUCAAAACAAAUUUUUACUAAAAAUAUAGUAUACAGUAGUAUUUUGAAUUCAAUUUUAAUUUGAAAUAUAAAAUUUCCAUUAGUUCACUUUUAAUUUACCUUUGAUUCUUCCUUAUUUCUACAAAGAAUAAUUAUUGUUUGGAAGAAACUUUGAUUCUUGAAUUCAAAGCUUUUACGGUUAUGUCAUCAUAUAUUAUAUCAAUCAAUAAAAUCUAAAAAAAAAUGGUAUCAUUCGCGAAAAUAAAUUUCAAUACAUUCUUCUCAACAAACUAAAUCAAGUUUACGCCUUUCGAAAUUUAAAUUAAUAAUUAUUUUGUAUAAUCAUUUGAUUAAUUAUUUAUCAUGAAUUUUUUUUUGCUACCUUAUGCCCUCACGUAUUUCUUUGAAUGAUAGAUCAGUUCUGAAAUUUUCUUUAUACUUUUAACAAACGGACGGAGGUACUUAAAUAAUAAAAAAAAACCCAAGGAAACUCAUGGAUCUACGCAAAAUAAGACUCUUCAAUAAUAGGCUACUGAGAAACUCCCCAAGAUGAUAUGCAGUCUGAUUUUGUUAUGAGUUAUUCAAAAACAUCCCGAUUGCCGAAGAAGAGCUAUGUUAUUUAAGAUAAGUGAUUGAUUCCAUCAGCUGAAAGUUUGCUUCAGUAACUUAUGGAAAUAUCCAAGAUUAUAUCAAUUUUAUUUGAUAUAUCACAAAUGAUAACUUUAUCACUGAUUUUUAUCUUUUUAGAUCUAUAGGAAUAUCAAUGAGCAUGAUAAUAAUUGGCAAUAUCAGGUCAUUAAUGAAAAAUUCUAAAAGAAAUGGGCGAUGGUUAUACAACGAAACAAAAACUCCACAAAAAAAACACAGCGGAAGCUCAAUUUUAAAUAUAUAUGGUUAUGAUGACUGAAUGUUCUCCUAAACGAACAGUGAGGAAUUCUUUCAUAAUGGUUACUUAGAGGAUAUAACAAUAAAAAAAAACAAAGAUGACGAAACUUUGAAGAACCAUUACCAGAAGUAAUUUUGAAGAACAAGAAACGGAAGACAAAAUUCAUGAAAACCAUUAUCUCCAUUGGUUUAUUUCAAUGUUAUAAUCAAUGUUUUGUUAUUAUAUUUUAUCAUUGUAAUGCA